AUGUCAGAAAUCACCUCUUUCCCUCCUCCUUCCACCGACCUCUCCGUUCUCCUUCUCGGAUCAGGAGGUCGAGAACAUGCCUUGGCCUAUAAACUCUCUCAGUCCAAGAGAGUAUCGAAGAUCUACGUUUGUCCAGGUAACGGUGGGACCGCCCUAAUGGGAGGAAAGGUAUCUAAUCUUUCUAUACCUUGGGGCGCUCCACCAGCUUUCAAACCAAUCAUCGAAUUUGCUCAAAGCAACAAGAUAGAUUUAGUUGUACCUGGUCCAGAACAACCUUUGGUAGAUGGAGUCGAAGGAGCAUUCAAGAAAAUUGGUAUACCAGUAUUUGGACCUUCACCUCAAGCUGCAAUGUUGGAAGGAUCCAAAUCCUUAUCUAAGGAAUUCAUGUUCCGACAUAAUAUCCCUACUGCUCAAUUCCGUUCAUUCACCUCGAAUCAAUAUACCCAAGCUGUCGAGUACAUCCAAUCGAAUCCUUUCUCAUCUGGACGAUGCGUUAUCAAGGCGUCAGGCUUGGCGGCAGGCAAAGGAGUUUUGAUUCCUGAAACCAAUGAAGAGGCAUUAGAAGCUUUGAAGAGCGUAAUGGUAGAUAAGGAAUUUGGAGAUGCAGGAGAUGAAGUUGUAGUGGAAGAGUAUCUUACUGGACCGGAAAUUAGCGUGUUGGCGUUUUCAGAUGGAUAUACUAUUAUACCUAUGCCUGCUGCUCAGGAUCAUAAGAGGAUUGGAGAAGGAGAUAUCGGACCGAACACUGGUGGGAUGGGUGCUUAUGCCCCUGCUCCAGUGGCUACUAAGGAAAUCUUGGAAAGAGUGGUAAAAGAGAGUCUAGAACCUACUAUCAAAGGAUUGAGAGAGGAUGGCUACCCAUUCGUAGGAAUGUUGUUCACCGGGUUCAUGCUCACUCCCGAUGGACCUAAAGUUUUGGAAUACAAUGUCAGAUUCGGUGAUCCAGAAACUCAAGCUCUGAUGUUACUUUUGGAUGAUGAGACUGAUCUUGCUGAGGUCAUGCUUGCUGCUGUGGAAAGACGACUCGAUUCAGUUAAACUUGGCUAUCGAGAUGGAUACGCUGUCUCAGUCGUCCUUGCAUCUCAAGGAUAUCCAGGCAAAUACCCUAAAGGUGUACCUAUGACCAUUAACCCGGAUAUGCCAUCUGGCGUACACGUCUUCCACGCCGGUACGGCUAUCAAGGACGACACCGGAGUGACCGACGGUGGACGAGUCCUUGCAGUUUGCGCAUCCGGUUCGACCCUCAGAGAAGCUGUCGAUCUCGCUUAUUCUGGUGUCGACCAAAUCUCCUGGGAAGGCAAGACCUACCGAAGAGAUAUAGCUUAUCGAGCUCUUUCUUCUGAACCCACCACAUCUUCUACCUCUGCUCCAUCAGGAGGAUUGACCUAUGCUGCUGCGGGAGUAUCCAUCACGGCAGGAAACGACUUGGUGGAAGCUAUCAAACCCGUUGUCAAGGCUACCCGACGUCCCGGUGCUGAUUCGAAUAUCGGUGGAUUCGGUGGGGCAUUCGACCUCGCCGCAUGUGGGUAUGAAGAUCCAAUUCUGGUUAGUGGUACCGACGGUGUGGGAACUAAACUUAGAGUCGCUUUGGAUUACGGUAAACACUCUACUGUCGGUAUUGACCUUGUGGCAAUGUCAGUAAACGAUUUGAUCGUCCAAGGAGCGGAACCAUUAUAUUUCUUGGAUUAUUACGCCUGUUCGAAAUUGGACGUGCCUGUCGCUACCGACGUCAUCACUGGAAUAGCCGAGGGAUGUCUUCAAGCUGGAUGUGCCCUCAUUGGAGGUGAGACAGCAGAAAUGCCAGGAAUGUACCAUACAGACGAUUACGAUCUUGCUGGAUUCGCUGUCGGUGUAGUUGAACGAAGACAACUUUUACCUUCGAACGAUAUAAAAGAAAAUGACGUUUUGAUUGCCUUAUCGUCGAGUGGACCUCAUUCGAAUGGUUAUUCCUUAAUUCGAAAGAUCGUUAGUCUAUCUGGAUUAAGUUUGACGGAUAUUGCACCAUGGAGUAAAGGCAGUCAGAAAGUUGGUGAUGCCUUGUUAGAACCUACCAAGAUAUAUAUCAAGUCGUUGUUACCGGGUAUCAAAGGUGGAUUGUACAAGGGGAUGUCACAUAUAACAGGAGGUGGAUUUACCGAGAAUAUACCUAGGAUAUUCGAGGGUGAUUUGGGUGUACAGUUGGAUUUGGGUAGUUACCAAUUGCCUGAAAUUUGGAAAUGGUUAAUGAAGACUGGACAAGUAGAAGCCAAAGAGAUGGUGAGAACGUUCAACUGCGGUGUGGGUAUGGUCAUCAUUGUAGAUUCUACCAAAGUCGAUUCAGCUCUUCAGAGUUUAGCUGAGAAUGGUGAGAACGGAUGGGUCAUUGGGAAAGUAGUUAAAGGGAAGGGUGUUAGCUAUACCGGAUUGGAAACUUUCGGUCAGUAA